AUGCGCCUUAUCAAUUGUAAAACAUUGAAGCUGGAGUUCAAGGAGCUCCAAGAUGCACCACCUUAUGCUAUUCUGUCUCAUACUUGGGGAGAUGGGGAGGUUACAUUCGCCGAUUUCCAUCAGACUGGCCGUGAAAAAUUGGAUGGAUGGGAAAAGAUAGCUCUCACCUGCCAGCAAGCACUACAGGACGGUUUGGAGUAUGUAUGGGUUGACACUUGCUGCAUCGAUAAAAGCAGCAGCGCCGAGCUUUCAGAGUCGAUCAAUUCCAUGUUCAAAUGGUAUGCCCAUUCUCACAAGUGCUAUGCGUUUUUGACCGACUACUCGUGCUCUGAAUCAACCGAUGAGGACUUUGCCAAAUGCAACUGGUUUUCUCGCGGCUGGACCCUUCAAGAGCUUAUUGCGCCAAGCACGGUCAUGUUUUUCGACAAACACUGGCAAUACAUAGGAACAAAGAAGGAUCUUAGCAUUCAGAUUUCCCAAAAUACCAACAUCAAUGGUGAUAUCCUUACCACGAUCGGGUUCGAUGCAAUUAGCACUCGCUUAUAUGCUUGCAGCGUGGCACAGAGGAUGUCAUGGGCAGCAACUCGUAAGACCAAGAGGGAGGAAGAUAUUGCAUACUGCUUGUUGGGAAUCUUUGGAAUUAGCAUGCCAAUGCUGUACGGCGAAGGGGACCGUGCUUUCAUGCGGCUGCAAGAGGAAAUCAUCAAAGAAACUAACGAUAUGACCCUGUUUGCCUGGCAGACCUCUGAUCACGAUCCGGUUAGAAGUUUUGACGAGAUGCAUCUUGGUGCCAAAACCUACAGAGGAAUUUUGGCUAAAAGUCCUCGAGAAUUUAGCGUGGCACACCAACUACGUCCUUUCGCAGAUCUAAGCCUCGCUCCAGAGUACAGAAUGACGAACAAGGGUCUUAAACUAUCAAGCGAGGUGGUACUGAAAGCCCUCAACCACGAUACCUAUUUCAUGCCACUCAAUUGUUAUACACUCAACUUAGCCUUUAGACACUGCGGCAUAUGUUUGAAGAACUAUGGCGCCGGUGUAUUUGCCCGAGUCUACCCGGACAGGUUGCUGUUGGAACCCCAAAGCGCUCAGACUACCCCUGGGAAGAUCUACAUCAGCAAAACUCUUUUACCAGCGGAGCUCCAAGCGCUCAAGCAACUCUCUCGGCAAGCUUUUAGGCUGUCCUACAAAUUCAGUACCUCAAAAUAUGUUUGCACCGUUGAAGCUAUUGAGCCACGCAACCAGUGGGUUCCGGCCAAAGGCUUUUUCAUGCUAUCUCCAGGGCAGUCGUCAUUCACUGGAUAUCACAGAAUCUUGUGGCAGAGGAAGGAUAGUAACAAUGUGAAGAACAGGAAAUCAAUUACUAGCGGCCGUUUUAUGGCUUUAUGCGGCUGGAACAAGGGUUCCGAGCCAUGGUUUUGCCUGGCCUCAGCUGAAGAGGAUCCGGAACUUUAUAAGGCAGCUGAGACUAUGGCUCUGGGUCUGGCAGGAGAGCUUGGAAAGCUAAGCAAAAGAAUCAGGACGCCACUCAGAUUUCAGUUCCCACCCAACGCCGGAAUAACCUUGAAAACAGAGGAAGAGGUUGGCCAAGGCACAACGCUGUCUGUUUUUGAUGUCCAGGUUUGGCUGGGGGUUGAUAACUUUUUCCCUCAUAAUUGGCAAAACUACGGAUAUGAUGAGGCACUAGUCCAUUAUCUGUAA